AAUGUUCACAGACAUCCACUUGGCGGUACUCUCCAACGCCCUUGGCAUAGUUUUAUUCCUCUUGGUGGUCCUUUACCAUUACGUUAACUCGAACCAGAGGCCCACAGUAUAAAGUGAUGGUCGUACACCGAGUUCCAUGGCAUUUUUAGUUUUUUAAUUAUCAUAAGUUUGUAUUAAAAGUAUAAGAAGUGAGAAAUAAAAUGUAGGCUUGAGAAAUA